AUGCCGCCCAAGUUCGACCCAUCGCAGGUUGUCGACGUUUACGUCCGCGUCACCGGUGGAGAAGUCGGGGCGGCAAGCUCUCUGGCUCCGAAGAUUGGUCCACUCGGUCUGUCUCCCAAGAAGAUUGGUGAGGACAUCGCCAAGGAGACUGCCAAGGAUUGGAAGGGCCUCCGCGUCACCGUCAAGCUCACCGUGCAGAAUCGUCAGGCCAAGGUCACCGUUGUCCCCUCCGCCGCCGCUCUUGUGAUCAAGGCGCUCAAGGAGCCCGAGCGUGACCGGAAGAAGACGAAGAACAUCAAGCACAAUGGGAACAUCUCCCUCGACGACGUGGUCGAAAUCGCCCGGAUCAUGAGGCCGAGGUCAAUGGCCAAGGAUCUGAGGGGAACAGUAAAGGAGAUCCUCGGUACCUGCGUCUCCGUCGGAUGCUCAGUGGAUGGCAAGGACCCUAAGGAUCUCCAGACCGAGAUCUCCGAAGGAGACGUCGAUGUUCCACUGGACUAG